UUCCAACCAAUUCAACUCUGCACUGACUUCUGUGGCCCUCUGUCUGCCCUCCGUCUGACUUGUCCUCUGCCGGCUUCAGCAUGCCUUGAUCUAUCACACGCGAUUGUCUCCUCUCGAUCGGAUCCAUCACAUCCUCCGUGCAUCUGCAGAAAAUGGACCCCGCCGUGCUUCGCGAGGCGACCCGAAUCGACCCCGCCGUGCCCUUCCGCGCGUCCUCCGACCACCUCCAUCACACUUGGGCGCAGACCUUCUUCUCGCGGCCCGAGCUAUACGUGCGCCCGCGCUCCAUCGAUGAGAUCCGCAAGCUGGUCACCCUCGCCCGCCAUUGUCGGCGUCGCCUCGUCACCGUCGGCAGCGGCCACUCCCCCUCCGACCUGACCUGCACCUCCUCCUGGCUGGUGAACCUCGAUGAUUUCAACCGCGUGCUGGAGGUUUCGCCCGAGACGGGCGUCGUGACAAUCGAGGCGGGAAUCCGUCUGCGCGAUCUGGGCGCGCGGCUGGAGGAGCAUGGCUUGACGCUGUCCAAUCUCGGGAGCAUCGACAGUCAGUCGGUCGCCGGGGUCAUCUCGACCGGCACGCAUGGCAGUUCCCUCCAGCAUGGCUUGAUCUCCGAGUGCAUCCUGUCGCUGACUCUGAUGCUGGCUAACGGGCAACUGGUCCGGUGCAGCGCGACCAACAACCCCUCCCUCUUUCGAGCCGCGCUUAUCUCCCUCGGGGCGCUCGGCAUCAUCGUCGAGAUCACUUUACAAGCGGAGCCCACGUUCAAGGUGGCCUGGCGACAGACGCGUCGCCAGCUGUCGAGCGUUCUGAACGAGUGGACGUCGGGACUGUGGACUUCGCACGAGUUCGUCCGGGUGUGGUGGAUGCCUUAUGAGAAGAGUGCGGUGGUUUGGCACGCCGAUAAGACCGACCUGCCCUUGCGACCCCCGCCACGGCUGUUCUAUGGAGAGACCCUCGGGUACCACGUCUAUCACAACCUGCUGGCCCUUGCCAACUACUUCCCUCGGAUCUUGCCGUGGGUGGAGUGGCUUGUCUUUGGCUUGCAGUAUGGCUUCAAGGCGGAGGCCACGGUGACCGAGGCGGUCGAACCCGCUCGCUCGGGUCUUCUCAUGAACUGUCUCUACUCGCAGUUCGUCAACGAGUGGGCGCUGCCGCUGGAAAAGGGCCCCGAGGCCAUCACUCGGCUGUCUGCCUGGCUGAACGGCGACCCGGCGACUGCGCGCAUCCCCUUCUCCGCUGACGGCUUGUAUGUGCAUUGUCCCAUCGAAGUCAGAGUCUCGGACUCUACGCGCAACCAGACCCCUCGCCCCUUCCUCGACCCUACCAGCCCCAACGGUCCGACCCUGUACCUCAACGCGACCCUCUACCGCCCCUACCUGCGGGACCCUCCCUGUAAGGACCAGUACUACGAGGCGUUUGAGUGGCUGAUGCGCGACCUGGGCGCCCGCCCGCAUUGGGCCAAGAACUUCCUGUCCACCCGCGCCGAGCUGAAACAUCUGUAUGGCCCCGACAUGGAUGAAUGGCUAAAGGUCCGCCAGGAUGUGGAUCCCGAUGGCAUGUUCCUUGGGGAAUGGCACUACCGCACCCUCGUCUUGCCUGGCACCAGCAGCGAUGAGUCGGAUCCCUCUUCUACGGUAAUGGCCGCCCUACCGCUUCUCGAGCGCGAAAAGACCCGUCGGAAGGCUGACGUCCGGGGCGCUGGUGACGGCAUGGAAUGGAUUGGGGACAGGCGCUGGGAGACAAAGGAGGAACUAGGAGAUCAGGCUGCUGCUCAUGCUGCUGCUGCUGCUGCUGCUUCUGCUGGGGCUUCCGUGUCCGCGCUAGAGAAGGAGAAAUCCCACCCUUGGCCCGAGGCCUCCAGUCUGAGCCCUCCCACGACAGCAACCAGCGAAGAGAGCUUUGAUCUUCUGGCCAGUGGUGAGGCCAGCAUCGUCCUUCCCGAGUACGACUCGUGGGUGAAGGAAUGAAAUCAGAUGAAAUGAAAGACGGAACGGUUGUUGUUUCGAGGGUAGAUAGCAAACAAAUUCCUUGGUGGGGGGAAAAGGGGG